GGUCUCACCUUCCGUCGUCCAAAUGGUUACCAUCAGGGCCGUCUUCUUCAAGUUCCUUCUCGUCAUUUUCUUCCUGGUUGGGUCGUAUUUUCUCGUCUUCACAACACCUAGAGCAAUAUCGCAUCUAAUCCCAUUCACAGAGACGUUGUCCUCUACUCGCUGGAAGCUCUUCAACGAUAAUGAAAGUGGUUCGAGUGUGAAUGUCCGUAAUGAUUACUAUAGAUACGAUACUCAGUACAAAAUACUCAGUGAGAAUCAACCCACGGCCGAUAUAAGCGGUGACGCUUUUAACACUGAAGCUCCGUUUCUUGAAUCCGAUCAGUCUUUAAUCGACAACGAGAUCGAAGCUAUGUCUCUCUUUACUAAAUACACUACCAGGCAGGACCAAGAGGCAGAAAACCGAGAGGCAGAGGGCGAAGAGGAAAGGGACCAAGAUAAAGAGGACGAUUUGAGAGAAGACCAAGAAGAAGAGGACCAAGAAGAAACGGACCAAGAAGUAGAGGGUCCCGAUGAGAGGGAUCAAAUGACAGAGGAUGAAGAGGAAUGGGACCAAGAGAGAGAGGAUCAAGAGGAAGGUGCCGAUGUGAGAGAGGACCGAGACGAAGAGGUUCCAGCGGGUAAAGAUCUGAAUCCGUCCGCAAAUCCACAGGCCAGCCAAGAAAUAACAAACAGCAAAAGUGCAAGCGCGUCUAACACCACUAUCCGCAACUUCCAAGAGACGAUGAGAGAGAGAUUCAAGCUCAGGCGAGCGGUGCUGCAGGCUACAUGUGCGAAGGCCAGAGGUUCUUUGCCUGCCCAAGCACGCAGGACACGCGUGGAAGCUUUGUUCUUCGUGAAGAAGUACAAUUUUCUUACGUGUUUAUCACCCAAGGUGGGAACAACCACGUGGAAGACACAUCUGCUGAGAAUGUGGGGUUACAAAGCUGAUUUCAAGACUCCUCACAAGUUCAAUCAAUAUAUCGGCAUCGGAUACAACAAAAGCCUGCGGAAGACGUACAGAUCCUCGACCCGGACGACGCGCGUGGUCACCGUCCGCCACCCGCUGUCCCGCCUCGCCUCCGCCUUCAGGAACAAGCUGGGCGAUGGCGUGCCGACCGUCCCUCCGAGCCACCACAUAUACGACAUCUUCAGAAGAGUGCUCGGCCACGCCAAAAUCAGGGCGUUCAGACGGAAGCCGAACAAAGCCACCUUCCUGCAGUUUCUAGACUUUGUCAUUUCAGAAGCGAAGUCCAGCUCGAUCAACCCCCACUGGCGGCCGUACCUGUGGACGUGCCAGCCGUGCGGGAUCCCCUACGACUACAUCGUCAAACUGGAGACCUUCAGCGACGACCUGCUGUACCUGGCCGCCGCCGAAGGCAUCAGGGAGAUCAACACGGACCUGCGAGAGAACCAGUCGCCCGCCCUCGAGGAGAAGGUCACGGACUUUGAAGAGUACUUCCAGGACCUCCCUCGGCAGGUGCUGAAGGACAUCUACCAGAUCUACAAGUACGACUUCCUCUUCUUCGGGUACGACGUCCCAGAGGCCAUGUUGAAGGCCAGUCAGGAGGACACGUAGGGGCGGCGGCUCCUCUCCUGCACGUUUCCUCUUCUCCGUCGACUUUUUUUAUUUGUAUUGUCCAGUGCUCCACGCAUUCGUGUCGCAUUUGAU